AUGUUUUUGGGUCCUCGCCUUCUGGACCUGGCGACCGCAGGCGGGUCCUCGCCUUCUGGACCUGGCGACCGCAGGCGAGUCCUCGCCUUCUGGACCUGGCGACCGCGGGCGGGUCCUCGCCUUCUGGACCUGGCGACCGCUGGCGGGUCCUCGCCUUCUGGACCUGGCGACCGCUGGCGGGUCCUCGCCUUCUGGACCUGGCGACCGCUGGCGGGUCCUCGCCUUCUGGACCUGGCGACCGCUGGCGGGUCCUCGCAUUCUGGACCUGGCGACCGCUGGCGGGUCCUGGCAUUCUGGACCUGGCGACCGCUGGCGGGUCCUCGCCUUCUGGACCUGGCGAUCGCAGGCGGGUCCUCGCCUUCUGGACCUGGCGACCGCGGGCGGGUCCUCGCCUUCUGGACCUGGCGACCGCGGGCGGGUCCUCGCCUUCUGGACCUGGCGACCGCAGGCGGGUCCUCGCCUUCUGGACCUGGCGACCGCUGGCGGGUCCUCGCCUUCUGGACCUGGCGAUCGCAGGCGGGUCCUCGCCUUCUGGACCUGGCGACCGCGGGCGGGUCCUCGCCUUCUGGACCUGGCGAUCGCAGGCGGGUCCUCGCCUUCUGGACCCGGCGACCGCGGGCGGGUCCUCGCCUUCUGGACCCGGCGACCGCGGGCGGGUCCUCACCUUCUGGACCUGGCGACCGCGGGCGGGUCCUCGCCUUCUGGACCUGGCGACCGCAGGCGGGUCCUCGCCUUUUGGACCUGGCGACCGCGGGCGGGUCCUCGCCUUCUGGACCCGGCGACCGCGGGCGGGUCCUCGCCUUCUGGACCUGGCGACCGCGGGCGGGUCCUCGCCUUCUGGACCCGGCGACCGCGGGCGGGUCCUCGCCUUCUAGACCCGGCGACCGCGGGCGGGUCCUCGCCUUCUAG